GAUGUAUGAUGUGGGGGGUCAGAGGACAGAGAGGAGGAAGUGGAUUGGUUGUUUCGAGGACGUCAGGGCCGUCGUAUUCGUUGUUUCUCUCAGUGGAUACGACAUGACCCUAGUAGAGGACCCAUCUAUGGUGAGACACACUCUAUUGUUAACCCACCAUCUUUAAAUGUCAUUUUCCUGAUGAACAGAACACUAUUACAAUGUUACUAUAGAAGGUCUGACCGUGACAGAAGGCCUUAAAACGCUGUGCUACUGAUGUUACUCUUCUGUCUAAUGAUUUCCUCCCUUUCAGAACCGCCUACAAGAGAGUCUGAAACUCUUCUCUUCCAUCUGCAACAACAUCUUCUUCAGGAGUACCUCGAUGGUAAGAGACAGUCUAUAUACGGGACUCUCGUGGUAGAGACGUCUAUAUAGAGGACCUCACUGGUAAGAGACGUCAACUGAGACCUCAAUGGUAAACGUCUAAACAGAGUACCUCAAUGGUAAAGACAGUUUAUCCUGGAGGACCUCAAUGGUAAGAGACUGUCUAUAUACUGGAGGACCUCAAUGAUAUACUGGAGGACCUCAAUGGUAAGAGACAGUCUAUAUACUGGAGGACCUCACUGGUAAGAGACAGUCUAUAUACUGGAGGACUCAUGUAAGAGACAGUCUAUACUGGAGGACCUCACUGUAAGAGACGGUCUAUAUACUGGAGGACCUCAAUGGUAAGGGACUGUCUAUAUACUGGAGGACCUCAAUGGUAAGAGACUGUCUAUAUACUGGAGGACCUCAAUGGUAAGAGACAGUCUAUAUACUGGAGGACCUCACUGGUAAGAGACUGUCUAUAUACUGGAGGACCUCAGUGGUAAGAGACAGUCUAUAUACUGGAGGACCUUAGUGGUAAGAGACUGUCUAUAUACUAAAGCCCAAUUAAAAUGAAAAGCGUAUUUUUACGCAUGUGAACAAGGGUGUACAGGCUGGAAUUAGAAUGCACAGGAGUAAAUGAGAGAGAACAGAUGGGCCGCGAGUGUCAACGGCCUCUACGGUGUCAUAAGUCUGAAAGAAUGGUAUUUUGUAAGAGAUAAUGUAACCAGCGAUUAGAAUAAAGCUAGCCCAUUAGCCUGAGGCUAGUUCCCAGACUGGGUUAGUAGAAAAUAUGCCAAACUAGCUCGGCAGACAGGUGACAUUUUUUUUAUUUUCAAAUAUUGCAGGGAACAGAUUUUGCCAUGAUUUUUGACCAUGGCUAGGAAAGUUCCAUCCCAUACAGAACUUUUCCAUUGAUAGUUCGAGCUCCUGGGUCGGGUCUAAACAGAGUGUGGUUGACAUGGUGACAUGGUUGUCCUCUUGCUAAUGGACAGGAUGGAGAAGACGUACUGUUACGCAGAGAGCGGUCCAUGGGGAGCACAGAGUGGGAACGGAUGAGUGAAGCAAACAUGGAGGAAGGCUUUCUUCGUCUCUCUCCACCUCGUUCUCUCUCUUUCUCACUUGUCAUUUAUGUCACUCGUGGCUUCUGAGUGGACAUGCCUCUGCAAUGUCUUUGUCACCACACACCUACACACACGCACGCACGCCACACACACCACACACACCACCGACCACAGCCUUUGUUCUAAUAGAUCCCUUGUCACUUGUAAUUAAACAGCGAACAGUAAUUUAGGUGUGCGUUCUGCUUGCUUCCAGCCCACACAAACACACACGCACACACCCGCCCUCAUCACAUUAAAGACACAGUGUAACGAGCUUGUUUAAUGGGACCUCCUUUAGCAUGUUUUUAAUGCCCACUUAGAGUGUGUGUGUGUGUGUGUGUGUGUGUGUGAGACCGAGUAAUUAAUCUAUCAGGGCGUGUCUGUGAGUCUGCUUACCUAUAACCCUCCACCCACGUUUCCCCUGUGUUAAUUACACACCUCACACUCACACACACACACCUCACACACACACAUUCACACAUUCAUUAUUCUCUUCAUUCAAAUCAGUUCAUCCAUCAUUAUCUAGCCAGUUGUUGUUCUUUUAACCAAAUUAACCAAAGCGAGGUGGAAUGAGAACUCCUUAUAGACUUUUAAUUGGUCAACUAGUGAACCACUACAGUGAACCAAGUUGCGUCCCAAAUGGCACCCUAUUCCCUUCAUAUGGGCCCUGGUCAAAAGUAGUGCACUAUAUAGGGAAUAGCAUAUCAUUUGGGAUGAACCCACUGAGUCAGAGUGUUGUGUACUGUGAAAGGGACAGGCAGUCAGGGAGAGUGUGUGUGUGUUGACUCACACCAUAAUACUUGCGACAGCUAGAUCAAUCAAUCAUUCUGUAGCCAAGGCUUCACUAUGUAAUUUAUCUGAAUUUGCCAGUGAUCGCUCUCCCAAUCACAUCUACUGAUUUGACCAUUCAUCAACUGACAUUUACGGUUGAUUGAUGAAUAUUAUAAUUCUGCAGUUACAGCGGGGAGAACAAGUAUUUGAUACACUGCAGAUUUUGCAGAUUUUCCUACUUACAAAGCAUGUAGAGGUCUGUAAUUUUUAUCAUAGGUACACUUCAACUGUGAGAGACGGAAUCUAAAGCAAAAAAACAGAAAAUCACAUUGUAUGAUUUUUAAGUAAUUCAUUUGCAUUUUAUUGCAUGACAUAGAAAAGCAGAACAUCAGAAAAGCAGAACUUAAUAUUUGGUACAGAAACCUUUGUUUGCAAUUACAGAGAUCAUACGUUUCCUGUAGGUCUUGACCAGGUUUGCACACACUGCAGCAGGGAUUUUGGCCCACUCCUCCAUACAGACCUUCUCCAGAUCCUUCAGGUUUCGGGGCUGUCGCUGGGCAAUACGGACUUUCAGCUCCCUCCAAAGAUUUUCUAUUGGGUUCAGGUCUGGAGACUGGCUAGGCCACUCCAGGACGUUGAGAUGCUUCUUACGGAGCCACUCCUUAGUUGCCCUGGCUGUGUGUUUCGGGUCGUUGUCAUGCUGGAAGACCCAGCCACGACCCAUCUUCAAUGCUCUUACUGAGGGAAGGAGGUUGUUGGCCAAGAUCUCGCGAUACAUGGCCCCAUCCAUCCUCCCCUCAAUACGUUGCAGUCGUCCUGUCCCCUUUGCAAAAAAGCAUCCCCAAAGAAUGAUGUUUUCAUCUCCAUGCUUCAUGGUUGGGAUGGUGUUCUUGGGGUUGUACUCAUCCUUCUUCUUCCUCCAAACACGGCGAGUGGAGUUUAGACCAAAAAACUCUAUUUUUGUCUCAUCAGACCACAUGACCUUCUCCCAUUCCUCCUCUGGAUCAUCCAGAUGGUCAUUAGCAAACUUCAGACGGGCCUGGACAUGCGCUGGCUUGAGCAGGGGGACCUUGCGUGCGCUGCAGGAUUUUAAUCCAUGACGGCGUAGUGUGUUACUAAUGGUUUUCUUUGAGACUGUGGUCCCAGCUCUCUUCAGGUCAUUGACCAUGUCCUGCCGUGUAGUUCUGGGCUGAUCCCUCACCUUCCUCAUGAUCAUUGAUGCCCCACGAGGUGAGAUCUUGCAUGGAGCCCCAGACUGAGGGUGAUUGACCGUCAUCUUGAACUUCUUCCAUUUUCUAAUAAUUGUGCCAACAGUUGUUGCCUUCUCACCAAGCUGCUUGCCUAUUGUCCUGUAGCCCAUCCCAGCCUUGUGCAGGUCUACAAUUUUAUCCCUGAUGUCCUUACACAGCUCUCUGGUCUUGGCCAUUGUGGAGAGGUUGGAGUCUGUUUGAUUGAGUGUGUGGACAGGUGUCUUUUAUACAGGUAACGAGUUCAAACAGGUGCAGUUAAUACAGGUAAUGAGUGGAGAACAGGAGGGCUUCUUAAAGAAAAACGAACAGGUCUGUGAGAGCCGGAAUUCUUACUGGUUGGUAUGUGAUCAAAUACUUAUGUCAUGCAAUAAAAUGCAAAUGAAUUACUCAAAAAUCAUACAAUGUGAUUUUCUGGAUUUUUAGAUUCUGUCUCUCACAGUUGAAGUGUACCAAUGAUAAAAAUUAUAGACCUCUACAUGCUUUGUAAGUAGGAAAACCUGAAAAAUCGGCAGUGUAUCAAAUACUUGUUCUCCCCACUGUAUAUCCAUAUGACAUGGAAGUGGUAUUUACAGGAAAUGGUUUGUCACCAGUUGCCACAAUAUUAUUCUUGAUUGAAUAUUGAUUUGAAUAUUAAUUGAACAUCCUCCUUGUUGUUUAUUUGUUUAUCUGUGUAUUUGUUUAUUUGUUUACUUCUUUAUUUAUACAUGUGGUUAUUUAUUUGCAUAUAAUUGCCAACCAGGGAUGUCGGAUAUUGUUUAUUUAUUUGUUUAUUCAUUGCAGAUCUUAUUUAUGAACAAGAUCGAUCUUUUUCAAGAGAAGAUUUUACAUUCGGGGCGACAUCUGCGACUGUAUGUGCCACAGUUCAAAGGUCAGUCACGCUGAGAAAACAAGAAAGGGUGUGUGUGUGUCCACACCCUAACACACACACAACACCAAUAGGUAAAACAUAUGUGACCAGACUGAUAAUGCUGUUGCAAUCAAUUGGUGUAUAACAACUUAUGGCCUUUGAUGUUGUCAUUGAUAAAAUAACAAUAUACAGGCUUGAGAUAGGAUGAAGCAAUCUUGAUGAAAUGUUGUAUUGUCAUGAAAUGUAACUAACUCUGAAAACAAUAUUGCCUUACACUCUUUCUUUCUUUUUUCCUUCUUUUUUCUUUCUUUUUUCUUUCGUUCUUUCUUUCGUUCUUUCGUUCUGUCUCUCUGUCUCUCUGUCUCUCUCUCUCCCCCCCUCUCUCUCCCUCUCUCUCUCUCUCUGUCUCUGUCUCUCUCUCUCCCUCUCUCUCUCUCUCAGGUGCAGACUGUGACGUGGACACGGCAGCCCGAUACAUCGCCGGAAUGUUUGUGUCUCUCAAUGCCACGCCCAGCAAACUCAUCUACCACCACUUCACCACUGCAACGGACACCUCCAACGUACAGAUCGUCUUCCAGGUCGUCAUGGACACCAUCAUCAAAGAGAACCUAGAGGCAGUCUCUCUGCUA